UAUUUUUCCCCUUGCACUGCUAUACUGCCAUGUACUGCUCUGUCAUUUCUUUCCUCUACGGAGCAUCAAUCAAGGCACAUCUUAUCUUAUCUUGUUCAUUCUAUCUUAUCCGACCAUCUCACUACAUUUAUUUGGAUAGUAGGAUUUUAUACACAAAACAAUAAUCCUCCCUGCACUGUUCCGGAUUAAAAAGAGUGUGUAAUAAUAAACACACACAGACACACACAGUGAGAACAGUAAGUAAAGGUGGACUGUUGAUCUACGUGAGGCCUCAUCAUGAUGAUAAAGUGUUCAUAGGGAUCAGGAUAUGGAACGAGUGGGCAGGAAGAAGCACCGACCAGAAUUCACCGGGAGGAGGCCACGCAGAAGGAAGAAGGCGUGUCUCUAAGCACAUAGACUACAGGGGGCGCUGUGCAGCUCAGGCACCAACACACCUGAGUUGUCCAAUCCAGAGGCGCAGGUGAGUCUAUCUCUGAGUCUGAUUGAAACGCAGGGAGGUAAACCAGCUGGAUUUUACACCGAGGAGCUGCAAACUCUCAGUCCCACAUGGGAGGCAGGUGACUCCGCGUAAAGGAAGAAGUCUGAUCCUCACAUCUCACAUCCAUCCUGCGGGACCGACGCCUUCACACAAAGACGCAUCACAUCCCCCUGAGCGUGAGAGAAAAAUGAGGGUUCAAGUGUUGCUGCCCGUGACAAUAGUGGUGUCUCUCAUUUUGUUCGGCCUGAUAAAAGUGCGGAGGAAGGCGCGGGAGACGGAGGAAAAGCACAGCAGGUUCCAGGACAUCAAGCUGCGGGUGAGCCAUGAUGUGCUGACGGAGUAUGAGACCGAGAUCACCAACCAGCGGCAGGAGAUCGACAGGAUACAAGCGGAGCAAAAAACCACGGUGGAGGAGACCCACACGCUGAACGUCAAGGCGGAUGAGACCAAGGGGAAAGUGGACAUCUGCGAGGGAGACAAGAAAAAUCCGAACACUGAGCAUGAUUCCAACACAGAAGUCGAUAACCUAAAAGAGGAAAAUGAUAAGGAGAUGGCCGAAUGGAAAAAAGAAGUGGUGUCCCUGAAAGAUCAACUAAAAAAACCGAGUGCAGUUUGCCAAUUUCUAAAAGGACAAUCAAAAACAGCAAGCAAGUUGUGUGCCAAAGAGGAUUCAAAGGAGGAAGAGGCCCCCAACAAGGAAGAGGCAAAGAAGGAGGCCUCCAAAAAGGAAGAGGCGAAGGAGGAGGCCCCCAAAAAGGAAGAGGCGAAAGAGGAGGCCCCCAAAAAGGAAGAGGCAAAGGAGGAGGCCCCCAAAAAGGAAGAGGCGAAAGAGGAGGCCCCCAAAAAGGAAGAGGCACGAUAAGAAAUAACACUUGCACAACACUUAUCUGUGAGAUUCCAGCCUGUAUCUUCACUGAGUGGAUGACACAUACAGUUUUACAGUGAUGAACACACUCAAUUGUACAGGUGUAAAUGUAUAUUCCAUUACAAUCUGUUAUUUAUUCUUAUGCAACAACAUUAAUAGAAAUUAAGAUACAUUUUUGGAAUAUGACUGGUAUGGGUGUGUUUGUGUGUGAGACAUAAGUUGUGGUGGCUAAGAUCAAGACUUCACCUUUGUGAAAGGAAAUGUGUUAAAUUGUUAAAGAAACACUCAUUGAUUAAAUGGAGUUGUGAUGGGAUUUAAUGUGAUGUGGUUUGACCUGCAAAUCACUGUAAAUAACAAAUUGAUUGACAAACUUUACUGCUUUGCCUCUGUUGCCAAUGUACUAACUUCUUUAAUUUUAAUGAAAACAAUUUUCCAGUACAAUAAAGUAAUAACUGUUUAUCUCUCUUA